AUGCCACAUCAGGUAAAUAGAAGCAUAUCGUCUACUCCUGUAUUGUCAGUUACCCUGUAAUGAUAAUGUUGACAAUAAUAUUGCAUUCUUAAAAAGUGAUGAUUGUUAUAAUUUAGAUUGAUAUUUUAGUAUAUUUUAUUGCUCAUUACAAAUUAAUUAAAGUAUCAUCAUAUAUUGAACAAUUCUUUUUUAAUUCAUCUAUACAGAGGUCACAAUGGAGAAUUAGAUAAUAUUUGUUAAUAUUUAUUAUUUUUAGUUGCACGAAAUUUAAUUGUUAAAGGAAAAAGUUCUUAGAGAACUAUUUUUCGUUUAAAUAUUAACGUUUAAUAAAAAUUUUAGGUCAUCAAAGGAUUCUAUUACUUUCUGUUCUUUACCUAUUCUAUUUUACCUACCUUUGGUAGACAAAGUUACCUUUAAGUCACCUACAGAGUUAUGUCAAGAUAUUUAAUUUCAAAUUAUAUGGUCACAUUUAAUUUUGAGUCAAUCAAUUAAAUUAUUAUAUAUCUCAGAUAUUAAAAUUUUUAAUCAUCUUUUUUCCAGUCUAUAAUUGUAGGUAGGAGAAAUCAUUUUUCAUCCCAUGUACCAGAAAUACAAGUUUUAUUUAAAGAUAUUUAAAUAUAUAUUUAUAAAUAAUUAAACACACACAUAUUUAUGGUAAAUUAAUUUAGAAGAUGUUUUAAUUUUAUUACUGUUAGUACAAUAAAAUGUAUCACAAUAUAUUUGUUAAGAUCUAAAUUUUUUUAAUAUACGGUCUUGUUAUAAAAUAACAGAGUUCAAUAAGAUAUUCACGUAAUAAUUUCAUGUAUCUUCACUUUAACUGCUAUAAUGAAAUACAUUAAUUUUCCGAUGAUAUUUUAAUAAUAAUUAUAAUAAUUUGAAUCUCAACUUGUAGCUUACAAUUAUACAAUGGUUAAAAAAAAUAUUUGCACAUCAUUGUGUUUGUUAUAAUAUUUAUAUACCAAUUAAUUAA